GUUCGACACCGGAACCGUUGCGCAGGAGAAAAAAAAUGGCGAAUCUCGUGGAGGCGAAAACACAACAGCAGUUCGAAGGGUUCCUUGCAAAAGCCGGGAAAUGUCUCACCGUUGUGCAUUUCCAGGCGGCGUGGGCUCCCCAGUGCGGCCACAUGAACGAGGUGAUGGCCGAGCUGGCCAAGGAGCACGCGCACACCACGUUUGUGAGGCUGGAGGCCGAAGAGGUGCCCGAGGUGUCGGAGAAGUACGGGAUCUCCUCCGUCCCCACUUUCCUUUUCCUCAAGGCUGGGGAGAAGGUGGACGUCCUGGACGGGGCCCAUGCUCCGGAGCUGACUAAGAAGGUGCAGCGCUUGGCGGUGAGCGGGAGUCAGGCCGGGGCCGCGGAGGGCAGUGCCGCGGACCCGAACCAGCGGCUGAAGAAGCUGAUCAACGCGUCGCCCUGCAUGCUCUUCAUGAAGGGGUCCUCGCAGGAGCCCCGUUGCGGCUUCAGUCGGCAGAUCGUGGCCCUGCUGAAGGAGCACAACAUCCAGUUCAGCAGCUUCGACAUCCUUUCCGACGAGGAGGUGCGACAGGGGCUGAAGACCUACUCCAACUGGCCCACGUACCCGCAGCUGUACGUGAACGGAGAGCUGGUGGGGGGGCUGGACAUAGUGAAGGAGCUGGCCGAGUCCGGGGAGCUGGAGAACACCUGCCCGAAGGCUGUCACCUUGGAGCACCGGCUGAAGGCCAUCAUCAACCGGGGCGCGGUCAUGCUGUUCAUGAAGGGCAACAAGGAGGGUGCGAGAUGUGGCUUCAGCAGGCAGAUCCUGGAUAUGCUGAACGCCACCGGGGUGGAUUAUGACACCUUCGAUAUUCUGCAGGAUGAAGAGGUGCGCCAGGGCCUGAAGACUUACUCCAACUGGCCCACCUACCCCCAGCUCUACGUGAAGGGAGAGCUGAUCGGAGGUUUGGACAUAGUCAAGGAGCUGAAGGAGAGUGGAGACCUGGUGUCGGUGCUGAAGGGGGAGUCCUAGGUCGACUAACCUUGGGGGGAACGAGAAGCGACCACACGCCCACGUCGGGCCUCCUGUCACUGAUGCAAAACUACAGGAGAGCCAGGAAAUGAAAGAGACAAUUUAUAAAGAAGAAAUCAAUAAACAAAUAACUCUUAUAACUUAACUAUUGGAGCAGUUGGAUAUAGCAUCCACUUUUGUUUAAACUUGUUCUUAUGUUUCACAAAUGAAACUUCCGUUAACAAUAAGAAUUUACUUGGGAUUUCAUUCAGAUUUUUUCCAUAGCACCGUGGUGUAAUUUUUGAAAAUACAUCUUCAGAAAUGUUUAAGGUGAAAGUCAAGCGAUCCCAGUGCUUGGUCCCUAAUUUAAAACAUUUCUGCAAUUAGUGAUUUAUAUGAAAUUACCUCUUCAUUGCAAUCUGACACUGGGGAAAUGUCAGGAAUGGCUGACUUAAGUACAUAUUAUCUGGUGUGGGCAUUUCUGGGUUACAUCUGUCCUUUCCAGUAUUCACAGCCUUGCACUUAACAACAGGUUUAUAUUUCGUAAAUACUAUUUGGCCAUUGUGUAUCCAAGAAUCACCUCUGGUUUAUUCUACAUGCUUUUUUUUUGUUCAUCAGUAACAUUAUGAUUAAAAAAAUAAAAGCAUGAGAUUUU